AUGGACCAAACCGUCGAGACGCCUCGCAGCGGCGUCUUCCACAAAUUCUCCAACUCCGCCAGCAGCACCGAGGCCCUUCGCUUCUGGCGCUCCAAGAAAGAUUCGUCGCAGGAGUUUAGCCUUCAGGAGCGCGAUGCCAUCAGCGGCGACGAGCGGAAUGGCGAUCUCGAAAACGGCUCGUCGACCGUGUACCGCACGUAUAAGCGGCGCUGGUUCGGCCUCAUCCAGCUGACGCUCAUGAACAUCAUGGUGUCUUGGGGAUGGCUCACCUACGCCCCCGUCGUCGACGACUCUGCGGCCUACUACAACGUCAGCUCCUCGGCUAUCAACUGGAUCAGCACCGCCUUCUUCCUCUCCUUCGUUGCCAUCUUUCCCCUGUCCAUCUGGAUUGUCAACCGCGGCUUUAAGUUGGGCUUCAUGUGCGCCGCCCUGCUGCUUGUCGUCGGCAACUGGAUUCGCUACGCCGGCUCGACAAAGUCGUCUGGUGGCAUCUACGCUUGUGCCAUGGUUGGCGAAAUCUUGAUUGGCUUCGCCCAGCCGUUUGUCCUGGCCACACCAGCCAAGUACUCGGACCUGUGGUUCACUGACCGAGGCCGCGUUGCUGCAACUGCUCUGGCCAGCUUGGCGAAUCCGCUCGGCGCGGCUCUCGGACAGCUCAUCAACCCGCUGUGGGUGAACUCGCCCGACGACGUCCCGAACAUGGUGCUCUACGUCGCGAUUAUCUCGACUGCCUGCUCAAUAACGGCCUUCUUCGUCCCCUCUCAACCGCCCACCCCCGUUGGCCCCUCCUCAGAAACGCCCAAGCUGCCACUGCUCCCUUCCAUCCGAACAGCCGUCCGAUCUCUCGAGCUGUGGCUCGUCUUCGGAACUUUUUCCAUCUACGUCGGCCUCUUCAACGCCGUCUCCACUCUCCUCAACCAAAUCCUCCUCCCGUACGGCUUUACCGACGACCAGGCUGGCAUCGGCGGCGCCGUGCUCAUCGUCGUCGGCCUCGUCACCGCCGCCAUCACGUCUCCCAUCCUCGACCGCACCAAGCACUUCCUGCUCGCCAUCAAGGUCAUCAUUCCCAUUGUCGCAGCGUGCUUCGUCGUCUUCAUAUGGAUGCCCGAGACCAGGAGCCUUGCGGGCCCGUACGUCAUUCUGGCCAUCAUUGGAGCGGGCUGCUUUGCCCUGGUGCCCAUUGCCGUCGAGUUCCUGGCCGACCUGAGCCAUCCCAUCAGCCCUGAGGUCACGUCCACCGCAGCCUGGGCCGGAGGCCAGUUCUUUGGCGCCAUCUUUGUUAUUGUCGGCGAUCCUUUGACCGCUGGCAGCGACGGCGACCCUCCCAAGAAUAUGAAGAACUUUCUUAUCUUCCAGGCCGUCCUCGCCGUGGCUGCGGCGCCUCUGGUUCUCGUAUUGGGAUGGUUUGGGCGCAAGGACAAGGUCGUUUUGCGGAGACUGCAGCCUCGGCAGGAGGUAUCUUCUUAA